AUGAAUACAAGAAAUACUUGUAGAAUUUUUAUCAUAUUGUUCUUUUUUUAUUUGAACUUUUUAUUGCAAAAUAAGCCAAUAUUUUAUGGUCAAGCAGUUUUUGAAAAAUCAAUUGAUAAUUUCUAUAUUAGAUUUUUAGCGGAGAAAGAAACAUAUGAUAAAAAGUUAACAAAACCAAGUGAAAGUUACAAAAGAGUUGAUAAAUCAACAUGUUCCAAAUUUUCAAAUGAAAGGAAAGGAAUAUAUAAUGCAGAAAUUAAAUAUUUAAGGUCAACAUCUAUAAAACAAAUAGUUCAAGAAAGACCUUUUGAUAGCAAUUUAUAUGAGUCAGAAAAAGAUGUAAGGAGGAGAAAAUGGGAAAAAAAUAAGGAAAUGAAAAAAAAUGAACAAGAAAAAAAAGAAAGGAGAAAAGAACGUGCAUUGAAAGGUACGUGA